CUGCUCGCGCCGCGUGCGGUUGUGGUCACUUGCCUCCACUCCUCGCUUCGCUCACCGGACUCGGACACACACUCAGUGUACUUGCACACAGCGAUCCGUAUGCGCGCUUUAACGUACAUCGCGCAGUUUCUCUCGUAAAUAAUUAGUAUGUGAAUGCGACGUGUAUUUGUUCAACACGAAAACGAGUGAAAUGGUGUGGAUUCGCUGAUCAGUGCGCGUUCGCUUCGCCUUGCACUUGGACUGACUUCAUGAGGAACUGGUAUAAAUAUCCUGUUUUGCUUAAAUAACUUGCUUCACCUUCAGUGAUGAUUAUCAGAAUACCAUGGCUUUCGCUGCAACUGAUACUACUUACGUCUGCUUACAUUACUUUUGUAUUAGGUAACCCUAUAUUUCUAGAUCAACAAAAAUGGAACAAAAAUCCUGUAAUAAAAUGGUCGCCUCCAAUGGACAACUGGAACUGGACGACAGAACCUCGCAACCAGGAACUGUUCUUCAUGCCUUCCAACCAUGCGCACAAGCUGCCGCCGUCAGCGAACGAGACAGAACUAAUAGCGCACAUGGCUGCCUUGAAAAGAAACUAUUCUCGCCUUUUGUGGGACAGCGAUAAAAGCUCAAACUUGCCACUUUUUGUAGAAAAAGCCUUGAAGUUGCUCAAUUUAAAGCAAGUUUACUAUGAAGUAGAACAUUCUGUGAUGUCUAAAGUAUCGUGCACCGCGUGCAAAGCGGGCGCAGGGCUCCUCCAACACUACAUACGGGCUGGCAAAAGCAAUGAGGAAAUAAAUAAAAUAAUAUAUCAGUUCUGCGUCUCCUUGAAAAUACAGUCUGCCAGAGUAUGUGAGGGCAUAACAAGACUCUUCGGGAGUGAAGUUGUAUACGUACUGAAGCGUGUAACAAUAGGACCCGACGAGAUAUGCAGCUUCGUCAUAGGUGACGCGUGUGGGGACGUAUAUAACCCUUACCAUGAGUGGGAAGUCGCUUUUCCUCCGGUGCCAAAGCCAGCAGCGAAAGUCCUCGAUAUCCCGGUAGACAAGGCUCCAUCAUUCAAAGUCCUUCAGAUUUCUGAUACUCAUUUCGAUCCAUAUUACGCUGAAGGUGCAAACGCGGAAUGCAACGAGCCGCUGUGCUGCCGUGCGUCCAACGGGCCUGCGGUGACGCCCGGCGGCGGCGCCGGCCGCUGGGGCGACUACCGCAAGUGCGACACGCCCAAGAGGACCAUCGACCAUAUGUUGAAGCACAUCGCUGAUACGCAUACGGAUAUCGACUAUAUUUUAUGGACUGGUGACUUGCCUCCUCAUGACGUUUGGAACCAGACAAAGGAAGAAAACCUCAAAGUUUUGCAGGAGACUGUAGCCCAGAUGUCUGAUAUGUUUCCGGGGGUUCCCAUCUUCCCCGCUCUCGGUAACCACGAGUCCUCUCCAGUUAAUAGUUUCCCACCGCCAUACAUAUCCUCACCAGAGUCCAACAUAGCUUGGUUGUACGACGAAUUGGACGCCCAGUGGCGACGGUGGCUACCCGCCGGAGUGUCACAUACGGUGCGCCGCGGGGCCUUCUACUCUGUCCUCGUGCGCCCCGGCUUCCGCAUCAUAUCGCUCAACAUGAACUAUUGCAACAACAAAAACUGGUGGCUGUUACUCAACAGCACCGACCCGGCCACCGAGCUUCAGUGGCUCAUCUACGAGCUGCAGUCAGCAGAGUUCAGCGGGGAGAAAGUUCACAUAAUCGGCCACAUACCGCCCGGUCACUCUGACUGUUUAAAAGUGUGGAGCAGAAACUACUACGCCAUUAUCAAUCGUUAUGAGUCCACGAUUACUGCACAAUUUUUCGGACACACGCAUUUUGAUGAAUUCGAGGUGUUUUACGAUCCAAACGACUUAGGCAGAGCAACUAGUAUAGCCUAUGUGGGACCGUCUGUAUCGCCUUACUAUGACUUAAAUCUUGGAUAUCGAAUAUAUUAUGUCGACGGAGAUCAUGAAGCAACUACUCGGUUAGUGGUGGACCACGAGACAUGGAUAAUGAACUUGAAGGAGGCCAAUUUAUUUGGCUACCCGAUAUGGUACAAGCUGUACUCGGCGCGGUCGGCGUAUACCAUGAAUGCUCUGCGGCCGCAGGAUUGGGACAAGUUUAUUGACGAUAUGACAGCCAAGGAAGACGUCUUCAAUUUAUAUUACAAACAUUACUGGAAGAACAGUCCUCGCCGAGGCACUUGCGACGGCGAAUGCCGCAAGCGGUUGGUGUGCGACGCGCGCUCGGGCCGCUCGCACGACCGCCGCGCGCUGUGCGGGCACAUCGAGGCGCGCAUCGAUGGCUCGGCGCCGGCGCCGCAGACGUGGCGAGCGUGGUUCUACAACGGACUCUCAGUCUCUUUCAAAGCUAUAGAAAACUUAAUCAAAGUAGUUGUCGACGCUUUAUAAUUUGUGCUUUUCGACUAAAUAGUGGAAUUAUAUGUCAAGACCUAGUGUACAGCAAGUUUAAGGUGGUGGAUAUAACAAACGCAAAAAAGGUGGGUACAAUUUAACAUUAAACUGUUUUAACCUUUUGAACGCCAGAAAUAAAGCAUACUGGAAACGUUGGAGGGUUACUUUGACAACGCACGCCAUAUCACUUAUAAAUAAGCGUCCUUGGCGCCACGGGCCCGACUUCUUACGACGCCUACCCCUUACCGCAUGUAAUAAAAAAUAUUUGUUGAAAUUUUAACUUUAAUACUUGUCAAUAGAGUUGAAUAUCAUAUCCGCCAUAUAUGGCUUCGUAUGCGGUAAGGGGUUAUGGUUCUUGGCGUUCAAAGGGUUAAUUUCUUACGAUACAAAUAUGCAAGAUGAUCUAUCUUGGUUGCAAGAACCGAAUCGCAAUAUCAAAGGAUGAGGUCGAGUAUAAAAUAAUUUAAAAAUUAAUUUGGUAGCGUGCGGAUUUUAAUCCCCGGUUCCAAUUCGUUUCACGGGACUUAUACACUUUUAACGUUUAAUAGGUAUAAUUUUAAUUAUCUAUAAACUUAUAACUUUAUAAAUAGGUAUUUCGUUUCCGGGGAAAACAUCGUGAUGAAAACCAAAUUGUUGAUGUGGGAAGUCCUCAAUCCGCAUGGGGCUUGCGUAGUUACUAUAGAGUGAACCCUCUUGUACAAGCCAGGUAGCACGAUAUAGGUAGUCAGAGUAAUCUAAGAAUUGCUCUUUGACAAUUUUAAAUUGACCUUCAUAUAAAAGCAGCUAACGUAAGAACUAAUUAUUAGCUAAGACCUACCGUUGAACUGAUAGCCUUAUAAGGCUAUCAGUUCAACGGUAGGUCUUAGCUACAUAUAUGUGAGGGUCAAUUCAACUGACAAUAAUUAGUUCUUACGUUACUCCAAUUAUAGUCUAGUGAGUAUAAUGAUAGUGAUUUUAUAUAUGUAAUAUCAAUAAUUUCAGGAUGUCAAUGAUAAUGCAAAUACCUCAAGUGGCAUAUUCGAUACCAAAGUUCGUGAUGGGUCUCGGCUGAGAAG